UCCUCCUCCUCCUGCUCCUCCUCCUUUUCCUGGGCUCCUCCGAGCCGCUGCCGGCCCGCUGCGCGCUCUGCUCCUCGAGCUUUGAGGACCGCAGCAGCCAUGGCCGACAUCAAGACCGGCAUCUUCGCCAAGAACGUGCAGAAGCGGCUCAACCGCGCGCAGGAAAAGGUCCUCCAGAAGCUGGGAAAAGCGGAUGAAACGAAAGACGAACAGUUCGAAGAAUAUGUUCAGAACUUCAAACGGCAAGAGGCAGAGGGUACCAGACUUCAGCGAGAACUCCGAGGAUAUUUAGCAGCAAUCAAAGGCAUGCAGGAGGCCUCAAUGAAGCUCACCGAGUCACUUCAUGAAGUCUACGAGCCCGAUUGGUACGGAAGGGAAGAUGUGAAGAUGGUUGGUGAGAAAUGUGAUGUUCUAUGGGAAGACUUCCAUCAAAAACUAGUGGACGGGUCCUUGCUGACACUGGACACCUACUUGGGCCAAUUUCCUGACAUAAAGAAUCGCAUCGCUAAGCGUAGCAGGAAGCUCGUGGACUAUGACAGCGCUCGCCAUCACUUGGAGGCUCUGCAGAGUUCCAAAAGGAAGGAUGAGAGUCGGAUCUCCAAGGCAGAAGAGGAGUUCCAGAAAGCUCAGAAAGUGUUUGAAGAGUUCAACGUUGACUUACAAGAAGAAUUACCAUCGUUAUGGUCAAGACGAGUUGGCUUUUAUGUCAAUACUUUCAAAAAUGUCUCCAGCCUUGAGGCCAAAUUUCACAAGGAAAUUGCGGUGCUUUGCCACAAGCUCUAUGAAGUGAUGACAAAACUGGGUGAUCAGCAUGCUGACAAGGCCUUCAGUAUCCAAGGAGCUCCCAGUGAUUCAGGUCCUCUUCGCAUUGCAAAGACACCAUCACCCCCAGAGGAGCCUUCGCCUUUGCCCAGUCCAACAGCCAGUCCCAACCACACACUAGCGCCUGCCUCUCCUGCCCCAGUGCGACCCAGGUCACCUUCACAGACAAGGAAAGGGCCUCCUGUCCCACCUCUGCCUAAAGUGACCCCAACGAAAGAACUGAAGCAAGAGAACAUCAUCAACUUCUUUGAGGACAACUUUGUUCCAGAAAUCAAUGUGACGACACCUUCGCAGAAUGAAGUCCUAGAGGUGAAGAAGGAGGAGACUUUGCUGGAUCUGGACUUUGACCCUUUCAAGCCUGAUUUGACUCCUGCAGGUUCUGCUACAGCAGCCCACUCCCCCAUGUCUCAGACGUUGCCCUGGGACUUAUGGACGACAACCACUGAUUUGGUACAACCGGCUUCUGGAGGUUCAUUUAAUGGCUUUACCCAGCCCCAGGAAACUUCAUUAUUCACCAUGCAGGCAGAUCAGAAUAUGGUAGGUGGCUUGGCUGAAACUGAACAGGCGCUAUCCAUGGAGCCCCAAGCUGAGGAGCCUCCUGCCACUGCUGCUGCGCCUGCUGCCGGGCUGGACCUUGGACUGGAGAUGGAGGAGCCAAAGGAGGAGGCAGUGAUUGCUCCGGGAACUGAUGCCGACGAGACUGUGGGAACUACAGUGCCCACUGAUGGGGUCCCAGUGGAGGAAGCCAAGGCAGAGAAGGCAGCACUCCCUGCUGCAGAAGGAGAAAGUCUUGACGGAACCAAAGUCGAUGCUGAGAGCACUGAGGUUACAAGCAGCGAGAGCCCUCCACCAGCAGAGACUGAGGUGGCUGCUCCCCAGGAGAAGGUCAUCCCUUCUGUUGUCAUCGAGCCAGCCUCCAACCAUGAAGGGGAAGGAGAACACCAUGAAACCAACGUGGGUGCCACCGAGGAUGUGGCUCCGCAGGGCCAGGCUGGUGAGGCGCAGGAACUGGUUACAGAGGCCACACCUUUGGAUUCUCAGGCAGCUACAGCUGCACCAGGAGGUGCUGGGGAUUCCUCCAUGUCUGCAGAGGAUGCUGCUCAGGACAUGCCUCCUGGCUUUCUCUACAAGGUGGAAACCCUGCAUGAUUUUGAGGCAGCUAAUUCUGAUGAACUUAACCUGCAGAGGGGUGAUGUGGUGCUCGUGGUCCCCUCAGACUCAGAAGCUGACCAGGAUGCAGGCUGGUUGGUGGGGGUGAAGGAGUCAGACUGGCUUCAAUACAGAGACCUGGCCACUUACAAAGGCCUCUUUCCAGAGAACUUCACCCGGCGUCUGGAGUAGGGCUGCAGAUGUUUCAAGAGUCACAUGACUAGGUUGUUAAACCUUCAUGAAAUGCGGAGGAGUUCACUCUUGCUACUACCCUCAUAGAGAUUGACAGUCUGGUGCCAGAUGAGGCUUGGGAAGACAGAUCCAUAGAGCAUGUAUGCAAAAACCUUAAGAAGAGGGGAAAAUAGCAAACUAAGGAACAAGUUCUUACUUUGUUCCCUGUGUUCAAUAGAGGUCUGUGUGUGCUUCGUCUAACUGUGGACACUGGUAACUUGAUUCCCUUCCUCCAAGUCUAAAGUAGCUUUUUCCAGACCAGACUCCGACUUCUUUGCAUCAAGUGUGUGAUGUCGAGUGGCUGCCCUGCAGAUGUAAUGAGUUAUCCUGUAGUGAGACACCAUCGUACUCCCUUGCCCAGUGUGAGCACAGGCUCUCUUUCCCUUUCAAGUUUACUGCGUUUAAAACUCAACAGGCUGCAAACGUUCUCCACAGUCUUUUCCGAUCACCUCUAUAUACAUACGUAUGGACAGACAGUCCCACAAGCUAAUUCCCAUGCCUGCUGGACCUAUGUGUAUGCAGAUGGCUACAUAUGCAUAGCUGAUUCCUUCCCCUCCCACCGUAGCACUUCUCCUCUAAGUGUCAUUGAUACGUGCAUUGCUCUUAUUCCGUCUGGCAUUACAGCUGCGGUUUUGCCUCAGGGCAAAACCACUCAUCCCAUUGCCAAAACAGUUGACAGUGUCUGUGUGUGUGCCGUUUUCAGGGUGAUAUGCCAGAUAGCAUGCCCAUGCUGCUGCCCCCUUUGGAGAGAGCAGGGUGUGGUGGUGUAGCUGCUCAGCUGCUGGGGCCUGAUAAAAAUCAGAUCUGGGCCAGCAACGACGCAGUCUUCACUUCUGCCUUUAUGCAAUUGGAUGGAUGAAGGGGCAAAAGAACCUAUUUACAAAAGCUCCUAUAUAACUUCCACGUUAUCUUUAUGCAACUCAUCUUCACAGAGCAUUCUCAAGUGAAAGAGGUGAUAUGUGCUGUAUCACAAACCAUCUGUAACCGUUUUGUUUCUCAGUGCUGUGUCAUUCCAAAUAAACCUUUGGCAAUCUCCAAGUUACACUGAUUCUUUUUCAUGAGUGUUUUUUCCCCCUUUUUGAAAUCUUGUUCCAGUUGGACAUGCUACUUGAAACAGUUUAGACUGGAGUUGUUAUUUGUGCAGACGUGCGCUUGUUCCACCUCUGGGUUGUGCUCCAUGGCCCUGCCUUACUUCACCAUCUCUCCAUCGCAGUCAUUGCUGGUCACUCGGUGCAUCCUGGGAACCGGCAAUUACUAGAGCGCAAAUAACAGCUGUGGGGAGGCCGCCCUUGUGUUGCUGGCUGUGGACACUCGGUCUGUGACUCACUGACAACCGUAUGGCUCAUAAUCAGCCUCACAACAGCUUCAUUUUUGCUCACUUUUCUUUCUGGCAUUUUUAUGUGUGUAAGUACAUAAAAAAGUAGAUCGAAUGGAAUAGAAAAGUCAAUUCAUGGAGCCAUUGUAGCUGGAAGAGAAUUCAUCAUACAAGCAUGUUCCAUUUUGAGAAAUUUCUACUAAUAGAGCUCUGUAUACAGCACACACUGAUCAAGAAUAUGCAUGAAUGUAUUUCUUUUUUAUGCUUCCAAUUCUCCUGAUAGAUUACUGGGUUUUAUGUUCUUUUAAGUGUUAACAGGGAAAUUUCUAUUGACCCAUUAUUUUCCCAAGAGUUGACUUAGUCAUUUUGAAUGUUAGACUAGUGCAAGAAAAUAAAACGUAAAAUGCCAUUGUCCAGCAGCUUGCCAGGGAAUUAGUCAAGCCAAGUGCAGCAAGGUGAGCCCUAUGGAGGAAAUUACCCCGCCAUGAGAGACUCUGGGGUGCUGAAAAGUGACUGAGCAAACAGGGGCUUGAUUUCUUUGCUUUAGUUUUGUUAUUGUUUGUUGUGCUUGGUAUUAAACUCUGACCCUUGCAAAUGCUAGGCAAUUUAUCUGCAUCUCCAGCCCUCCAAAUGGUUUUAAUAAAUAACAAGCAAAGCCAGUUGUCACAUCCCUUGGAGGAGCAGUUACUCUGAAAUUCCACUGUGGUCCUCCCCUAGUGGCUGACAUGGAACAAAACAUGCCAGGACGUGGCUGAGAUAAAUUUUGCCCUAAACUUCCUGGAUGAAUGUACCUAGGUGAGCCUACUAAGUUUAUCCAAAACAAUGUGCUUUAAAUUGUUUAAUCCAUAUUUAAAUAAUAUUUUGGUUUUGAAAUAUUAAAUACAAGUAAUCAGAUUGUUCCAGAAACUGCAAGAUCCAAGAUUUCCUAACAUCCUGAGAAGGGAUGAGAGGGAAAUAGCGCACUAGUCCCGUGCUACAGAACCCACUCUUACAUACAGUGGACAUUGUUUCUAGUGGGCUUGCUAAUGGGGUGGGAGUGGCUUCAGAAACUUCCAUGCCUACCACUGCGAUGAACCCGUCCCAUGUAUGUCAUUAGGUUGUAUAUCGGUGAAUUUGUAUGUAUAUCUUAUCCCACAUGGCCUGGAUCCAAGAAGCUGUGUCUGAGCCACUUAAUUUUUUACCCCCUUGUUCAAAACCAAUGGCAUACAGAUUUUCAAAUCUUUAAGAAUCGAAGAAAGCCUGUGGUUAUCAAGAAGUGGACACUGGCCUGGCCCCAUGCUAGAACUUCACUCCAUUACCUUACGUGGUAUGGAUAGCUACAGCAUCCUUUGCUGUGUUAAACAUUCAAUGACAUCUCAGGGUGGACUGUCUCCCUGAACAGGAAAAGUUCCCUGCUCUAUGCUGCUGUAGCACCAUCAAGACUCUUUUUGUCAAUGCUAGGGAAGCUUUCGAGUCAACAAGAAAACUAUGAUGAUGACCUCUAUUGGGUAGACUGUGAAGACUCAUUGCACUGAAUGCUCUUUGAAAACACAUAGAAGCCGUGGAUUGGGUCAUUAGUAAAAUCUCAUAAUUCCACAUCCGAUUCUGAUGACUCCUUAAAGAAAACUCCUUAAAGAAAACUCCAAACCUAUAAGAAAUGAAUUUGAUAACGACUAAGACUCAGCCUUCUAUUCUACACAGACUACAUGACUGAGCAUCUUGAAGCUUUAGAGAAACACCAAUCAUCAGAGUGACCAUCCCUAGGACUUUACUAGUGUUUUUUUGAGAAGAUCAACUAAAUUCUGCUUUCUAAUUUACUUAGAGCUGAGAAAAAAUCUUUAUAAACACUGUGGGCCAGGCCUUGAUGGAAGGCACAUCAGGUUGGGUCUCCUGUGGUUGUCUGUCGUAGUGUAGCUUCCCAAAAUGUUACCUCUUAUUGGUCCUCAAGUAUAUAGACAAUUCAUAGCUUCAUGAAAAAGACAUUGACAGUCUCUUGACAAAGACAGCUGAGAGCCAUGAAGUUCCAUUCUUUUUCCAGACUCAGCAUUGAUUUGAGAUUUUCUUAACCUUCAACAUUAGGCUGAGAUUGAUCAGGCUGAGAGCAACUCUCUGUAUCCUAGCACACAGCACGGGACUGAGCAAGCUCAAAAGCCCCAAACAUUCAAAUGCAUGAGAAGAUGAGUAGUCUACCCAAACAUUUACAGCCAUUGGUUAGACUUUUACAAGAUCACUUAAUGACUUUUACGGUUUAAAAAAUAAUUGUGACACAACUCUUAAAUCUAUGCAAACAGAGAGAAGGACCCUAAAGCUUUUUUCAAAGGAAAUGUAAACUUUGUAUUGGUUUCCUAAAAUCUGAAUUGCCCCAGACCCAUACAAUCUCAGGUCAAACACUCAGGUGUCGAUGCUUGAAGAUCAAGUGGAGCUGUAAGCUUAUAUUUGCCUCCCUGCAGCACCUAUGGGUGUGUCUGUAUUUAGCUCUUGAGAAAGCCAUCCUUGUCCGUCAUGAAGUUAUAGAAGUUCAGUUGAGUGUGGGAGCACCUUGUUUGUAAGUACUUUGCCAUACGGAUGGCACCCGUGUACCCUCUCCCCAUCAAUAAACACUAUAGACUUUCACGUUGCUGUAUCUUCCCCAUUUCUGACCACCAUGUGGUUUCUGUGGCAUCUGAUACCAUCAAACGUUUCCACACUCUCUCUAAGAUUCCGGUGUACAAAUUCCACUUGUCCUACCUCUCUGAUUUCUCCUUCUGGUUUUCUGUGCUUGUUUCCCUUCUUUCUGAGGGGGUUGGGAGUGGGGCCCUAAGUAGGGAGAUGACAAUAACCUUCAGUUUGUAUCCCUGCUGUCUCAGGACUGAUCCUCGAGAAGGCCUUCUUCUUGCUUCUAACUCCACAUAUUUUCAUGAUCAUUAAACAGUUGUCAAGCUCCUUCCUAACCUGAGUUGUUAGCUAUAACCCUCCAUGACGUCAUGCCAUCCUGUACUUUACUGUCUAUUACCUGGUCCUGGAGGCAUGCAUGUCCCCACAGCCAGAGGUGAUUUGGCACCCCCUGCCUUCCCAGUUUUUUCCCUCUCCUCAAUACAUUUUAUAAGCACAACUCUAAUCCCAGUGUAUUAACAGUUCCCCCCUUAACAUUGUUUCUCCUACCCAUAUGACAGCGAGGAGUAUCUUCUGGAUACUGUGUAUCAUUGGUAUCCAAGUGGGCCUUCAAAAGACGCCCCAUCUUCACCAGUAUUUCCCCUCUGCUUCCCUCCUAUGAGUCUUCUCACUGCCCUACCCUGUACCCCUAAACCAGCACAUGCUAUUCCUCUGCAAGCCCUUCUGGAAUGUCCCCUUCUCUACUUGCCCAAACUUCUCCCUGCCACCCCAGAACACAGCCUAUGUCUCACUCUCCUCCUGCUCAAUCCUGUGCUUUCUCCCACUCAGAUUUCUCCGUGUGUGCUGAGUGUGCAUGAGUGCCUUCAGCCCUUGGUUUCCUAUGCUGUUUACCCCAGCUUCAAAUUCUCCAUCCACCCAGGCAUUCAUAUGUAAGUGUGCUGUGUGGAUAAACAAGAGGCUUAGCACCAAUCAAUUUGUUCAGAAAACUACAGAAGCCUCCCAAGAGCAGCAUUACAGGAUGUCUGAAAUUAAAUAUAAAAGAAAUAGAAAAAGUGAUCCUGUCACACUGGAGGGCAAUAUUAAAUAAAACUCCAAAGCCUACCAAGUGCGUGGCCAAAAAUAAAUGAAAAGGUUUGACUAGAAAGCUUCGUUUAAUGAAUAGAUACAGAUGGCAAGCAGUUUAAUAUACUUGUUACAUCUGACACUCACAAAGGCUUAACAGGUAACACACAAAACUACUCAUCCGAGAAGGGGUUUCAAAAAUUACCCUUACAAUAAUUUAUAUCUAAUUUAUAUCUAUAUCCACUGGCUUCUUGAUUCUAUUUGUUUGUGUGUGUAUUUUUGAUCCACUGACGUGAGUAGUGACUUACAUAUAGUUUUGCCAGGCUCUCUUAAGUGUUCUGUUUGAAAUCACUUGAUCUUCACAAAACUAUGAUGUAAUCACUAAUAUUCUAUUACAAACAAAGAAAAAGAGCAAGGUCACAUAGUGAUUUGCAGUACCAGUAUAUGUGAAACCUCAGAACCCUGCCUCCAUCUCUAACCCUGUGCUAGGGCACUUCCUCUUUGCUAAGUGUAAAGGACAUGAAUAGCCAGGAUUUUGAAGGAGGCUGGACAGAAUACAUGCCGGUUUCCUAAUGAUCGGUUUAGCAUCUGGUAACUGAUGAGAUCUUGCUCAGUAUGUACUGGAAAAAAUUAAA